UUCAUUUUCUAUUUAUUCUCCUAGAAUGUUUAUAUAUGUAAUGAUUCCAAGGAAUAGAAUGAAAUUUGAAUUUCCCUCUAAACAAUUUCUUCACUUACUAUUCAUACUCUAUUAUGUUAGUGAAAUUCACUAAAAAGUGUACCGGGAUUUGAGCUUUGAUUAUUAUUCAUAGCACAUAAUUGAUCUCAUGUUUGCUAAGUUCAAUUGACCACUUCAUUAAUCUCUCUAAAAGGGCAUUUACAAUGCACGCCUCAAUGGUUGAUUGAUCAAGAACUUGAUUAGAUGUACUUGGGAAGUAUGGUCGACUUCAUCAUAUUGAUGUGACAUAGUCCAAGUGAGUAUAUCCAAUCUAGAAUAGGUCUGCUCAGCUCUGUUUAGAGUUGUGCUGAGAUAGUAUGUUGACAGUUGUUUACCUACUACUUUGCAAAUAAGUACAGAACCGUUAGUCAUUAACUCCUAGGUCAACCAGCAAUGUUUCAUUCGAUUAUAGUACUACUAAUUCCAACCAGUUGAACUCCUUAGAUUUCUUAAAAUGCUUUGAAAAAGUAGCACUACUUUUUUUAUACCAAGGUAAACUAAGGGUUCGUUUGGGACGGCUUCACGGCUGCGUUGCUUUAUAAAAAUUUGUUAAAUGCCCGUUUGGCGUAUUGCGGCAGAACCAAGUUGAGCAAAUUUUUGCGGCCCACCGCUGCUUCCCGCAACCUUUCAAUGCCUCCCACGGUCGGCUGCUUCCGGUGGUUUUGAAAGGAAAAGAUGUCGUAAAUGCCCCCAUUUGUGCGAGAAUGCUUCUCCCUCAUUGUCAGCGAUGUCAUCUCGUGAUCUGUCGCUCCGCCGUAGCGAUGCAUGGAUUCUUCUUCUUCUUCCUAUUCGUCUCGUGGAUGCCUGGAACAGAGCUAUUUGGAUAAACUUGCCGGCUGGCGGUACGAAGUGCGUUUCGGAGGAGAUCCAACCUAACGUCGUCGUCCUCGCUGAUUACUCUGUUGUUCCCGAGGACUCUAGCCACGAGCACCCCACAAUCUCGGCCAAGAUUGAUAAUUUCUGGAUUUUCUUCACGGUAUUCUAGAUUGGUGCCCCUAUGCUGUUUUUUUAUUGAUGGAGUAGAAUUAAACGAAGAGAAAGGCUUGGCCCGUUGUUAUGCGGUUGUUGUGUUAUGUGCAGUUUUUUUAUCGAUGCAGGUAUUUGAUACUGGCAUGCAAAGUUGAGCUCACAUCUUCAGAGAGCAAUAGCUAAAAUAGUUCAUCAUUUGAAGGCUCAUCAUUGUUAAUAAUUUAUUAUUUUAAUUUCCACUGAAAUUUGCGAUGGCAUUGAAGAUCAAUAGUUGAAAUAGCGUUUUAUGCAUUACUAUUAUUUAAAACUGCUCUGAUUUUGAUUUCCACUAUAAGCAGUUUUACAGCAAUUCCGAAUAUCUGGAAAAUGAUAUACGAAACUUUUGUUUUCCACGAAA